AUGAAAUCACCAUUCCUUGGCCUUCUGGCCUUACAAACCGCUUCAGCAGCAAUCACCAAGCGAGCACCGGUUGAUCACGGCUGGCAAUGCAUCUCGCCUGCUCCUCGCGAUGGAUCUAUCAAGCUACACAUUGCUAUCCGGCAAGCAGAUGGCGGGAACGCAGUGGAACAGCAGCUCUUGAAGGCCUCGGAUCCGAACAGCGCAACAUUCCGACAACAUCUCACUGCGAAAGAGGUCGCUCAACUUUCCCAGCCGUCUGAUGAGAGCGUCAAUACUGUACAGGAUUGGCUUCGACAGCAUGGCCUUAUCACGAGUACGGUGCAGCCUCAUGGAAUCUGUGAGAUCGACACGACCAUUUCGGUCGUGGAGAAUAUGCUAAAUGCGAGCUAUCAUUCCUUCUCUGAUGGCACUGCGACAAUCAUGCGGACGGAGAUUUUCUAUUUGCCUGACGGCAUUGCGAAGCACAUUGACUUCAUUACCCCAACGACAAUGUUUCCAAACCCGUCGAAGGGCGAUGGGAUCCAUCGCGAAUUAUUGAAGAGAUCGCAAACCACCCAGCAGCUGGAGAGGCGAGACUCUUGUGGGCCUAACGACUACUCUACUCCAACAUGUAUUCGCCAGGUCUAUGGUAUCAACUACACAGCCGCCCCAAAUCGCACCACUUUCGCUGUUUUCGCCACAGAAGGCGCCUCUGCAACGUACGAUCAGGCUAGUCUGCAAAAGUAUCUCGAGCAGUACAACAAGCCAGCCGCAGCCGCUCGACCAUCCUAUAUUAUCAAUGGAGCAGGAGACCCUGCGAACGAGGGUGGCAUCGAGGCAGACUUUGAAGUGGCUCUCGAUACGCAAGCUCUGCUAGGACUCGCCUGGCCUGCCCAAGGGAUCCUGUACAAUCGAGGGGGCGUCUUUGGUCCGAACGUAGGAACAGAGUACGACCGAUUUGUGGCGUUUCUGACUGAGCUCAUGAACUACGAGACUGUGCCCAGUGUGGUUUCGUUCUCGGAGAGCCAGCCUGAAAACUUGAUGGAUCGUGACUAUGCCCUGCGACUGUGCAACAUGAUGGCUGCGAUUGGUGACCGUGGCGUGACGCUGAUCUUCUCCAGUGGGAAUAACGGGGCCAACGGUGACAACGCCAGCAACGAUCCACCCCACAAAGCCAUCUUCGAGCCUAAAUUCCCAGCCUCCUGCCUUUGGGUCACAUCCGUCGGCGGCACAACCAACCUCGCAGACGAACAAGCCGCCACAAAGAGCACAAUCCCUCUCCUCUCAAGCAUCGGUGGCUACGUAGCAAGCGGUGGAGGCUUUUCAAACUAUUUCCCAGCCCCAUCGUGGCAAGCUGUCGCUACGACGAACUACAUCAGCACGCACGUCCCAACCUCAUACUUCACCGAAUCCGGCUUCUCGCGUUAUGGUCGUGGGAUACCCGACGUGAGCGCCUUCAGCACGCAGUUCCCAACUUAUGUGAAUGGAUUUAGCGUUCCUAUCGGCGGUACAUCCGCCGCGGCGCCUACCUGGGCUGCGAUCAUUACCCUACUCAACGACUACCAGGCCUCGAAAGGCCGGCCUACGCUGGGGUUCAUCAAUCCUUGGUUGUAUAGCUUGAAGUAUGGGUUGAAGGACAUUGUCAAGGGAGGGAAUAACAAGGGUGAUUGCUCAUUCUUGCAAGGGUGUCGGUUGGAGAAGACGCUAGGGUACGAUGUGACUGAGGGAUGGGAUCCUGUUACGGGGUUGGGGAGUCCGUUGUUUUCGGAAUUGAUCAGGGCGUUGGAUGAUCCUACGAGUGCCGCGAGUCCGCCUUGA